AGAAGUUCAAACUCAAUGCACAGUGACUGUAUUGCACUUUACCAUAACCGAGUUCUUGCACCACUGCAUGGAGCUAUCCAGAUGUUCAUUGACACAGACGGUAAGAGCGGUUGUACGAGUUUCAUGACAGUGGGGGCGACCUGAGAAAACGGCGGAGCAAAGGGAAGUUAUAUAUAUACAUUGUGGUUGGAAUCAUUUUAUACGGUUUUGAGGAACAUGGGGUCCAAAUACAGUUCAAGGACACUGAACAACACCUGCCAGAGUUCCAUGUUACAUGAGAUCCCAGAAGACCUGGUUAUAGAAAUACUCAUACAUGUUCCAGCCCAAGACGUUGUACACAACUGUGUGCUGGUGUGUCAUCAGUUCAGAGAUGUUAUCUCCAGACCCACACUUUGGAAGAGAAAGUGUGAAUUGGAAAAAAAACAUAUUCCUCAUUUUGUGAAACCAGAAGAUUUCAAACAGAUUUUUUUCUUUAACCCCUAUUCAAGAAAUUUAAUCAAGAAUCCAUGUGCACAGGACGGAUUACAGCAUUGGAAAGUGAUACAAAAUGGAGGCAAUUAUUUUCAAGUGCAGAAAGAGAAUCAUGGAUCUCAAGAUGUAACUCAAACAGAUAUGAUUCAAGAUUGGUCAGGCCCGGAUAUAAAGAUGUGGGCCACUUCAUAUCAGGCUUGUGAGAAGACACAGAUGAUUGACCUGAAGGAGGAGGGUGUACCUCCUGAAGUGUUGGACAACAUCAAACCACCAAUCUACAUCUCCGAGUGGUACGCUGCCCGAUUUGACUGCGCCUGUCACUAUGAGUUGGAGGCGAGACUGCUGUCUGGGAGCAAGAAACAACUGGACAGAUUCACCUUUGAGGAUGAUGUCCCACAGUGGACUGAAGGAGAGUGGAUAAAGGUACUUCAUACAGCAACACCUUCUCUUCCCAGUGUGAGAGGUGGAGCAUAUAUUUCCCCGACUAUAAGACAGGCGUUAGGUUUAUUGAAUUCCGCCAUCUUGGUGUUGACAAGCAGUUUUGGGCUGGACAUUAUGGACCAAAGUUUACUCUCUCAACUGUGAAAUUUUCAUUUGAAAUGAAUACAUAGUGAAGUUCUUCAAAGACAUUUAGAGGUUGGACGAACAUGAAUACAUGACACGUUUCAUGAAUAACAACUUCUCCCAGUGUAUACUUCCUUUGUUCUAUAAUCAUCAGCUUGGUCUUACAUUGUAAUACUGUCUAUCUCAUUGGCUUCAUCCUUACAUUGUUAUCUUUGUACAUUAAUCCUAUUUUUAUUGUCUCCAACCAUGUUUUAUCUAAAUUUAUAUAUAUUCACUCUGUGCACUACUCGGUAUUCACCUGAUGAAGGAGCAAGAAUUAGUUCUGAAAUGUUGGAUAAAGAAGUUAUCCAUAAAACGUGCCAUGUAUUUAUGAAUACAUAGCGUCCAUUAGUUACCAUGGUAACGGCAAGCAUGAGAUGUUUAGCAAUGGACAACAUGUCUAUAUUUCAAAAUGUUGUAUCUGUGCGACUGAAUGAGUUUUAAAGGGCCACUGAUCCAGAGCAAUUUCCGUGGACUGGUUGUUGCUUUUGUUAUUGUUUUUCUCCAGUGAGUACCCGGA